AAUUUUAAACAGAUAACUGCAGUUAACAGAUUUUAGGUUAUUUCUAGGUUAUUUCCCGAGUUAUUAUUUUAGAUAGUUAUUUUAUUAUUAUAUGAAGCCGCGGAUUCAAAUAAAUUGCUAAUUAGAUGGAUAGAUAAGUGAGAGAUUAGAUAUCUGAUGAGGUUAUUUUAAUCUUAUUCAUGAAAUAAUAUAAAAUCAGGUAUCCCUUUAUGCUUAUAUCAUAAAAAUAUGUUUGCAGAUCAUGAUCCCAAGGAAAUAUACAAAUUACAUUCCUACGUAAAUGAUACAGACGACUCUUCAACAAAUUCAGAUGAAAGUGAUGCAUUAUUACAAUUUAAACCUGCACUUUAUACCUACGAAGAAUUAUCAGAUGCUAUUAUUAUUGAACCAGAGGGUUGUUAUAUAUGCAUAGCUAAGUUAGUAUCGCCACACAUUGCUACAUCUCAUUAUAACUCAAAGAAGCAUAAACGUAAUAUUGCGGCACACUGUGUUUUAAAUAAUCUAAAAAGUAAACAAGAUAUAGAAGCGAUAGUAAAGGAAAAAAUAGAGAAUUUGACACUACCAGAUUACUGUUAUAUAUGCAAAGCUAAUUUAAUGUUGCCAGACAAUGCUACAUCUCAUUAUAACUCGAAGAGGCAUAAAAAUAAUAUUACGGUGCACAGAGAUGGGAUUUUAAAUAACCUAAAAAGUGAACAGCAAGAAUCGAUAAUAAGGGAAAAAAUAGAGAAUUUGACAUUACCUGAUUUUUGUCAUAUAUGCAAAGCUAAUUUAACGACAUCAGAAAAUGCUACAUCUCAUUAUAACUCGAAGAAGCAUAAAAGUAAUAUUGCGGUGCGCAGAGAUGAGAUUUUAAAUAACCUAAAAAUUGAACAGCAAGAAGCGAUAGUAAAGGAAAAAAUAGAGAAUUUGAUAUUACCUGAUUUUUGUCAUAUAUGCAAAGCUAAUUUAAUGACAUCAGACAAUGCUACAUCUCAUUAUAACUCGAACAGGCAUAAAAGUAAUAUUGUGGCACACAGAGAUAAAAUUUUAAAUAACCUAAAAGUUGAACAGCAAGAAGCGAUAGUAAAGGAAAAAAUAGAGAAUUUGACACUACCAGAUUAUUGUUAUAUAUGCAAAGCUAAUUUAAUGGCGCCAGGCAAUGCUACAUCUCAUUAUAAUUCAACGAAGCAUAAAAGUAAAAUUCAGGCGCACAGAGAUGAGAUUUUAAAUAACCUAAAAAGUGAACAACAAGAUUUAAAAGCGACAAAAAAGGAAAAAAGAGAGGAUUUGACACCACCGGAUUAUUGUGAUAUAUGCAAAGUUAAGUUCAUAUCGCCACAACAUACUAGAACUCAUUAUAACUCCAAGAGGCAUAAACAUAAUAUUGAGCUUGAAAAUAACCUAAAUAGUUUACAAAAGGAAGCAGUCGAAGAUAAAAGUUAUUGUUGCUUUGUAUGCGGAAUUGAAUUGAAUUCCAAAGAGUUAUAUGAUAAUCACGUUCAAAACAGUGGCCACAAAUCAUAUUCUUCUGUAUUACAAAAUAAAAAUAGUCAUGAAACUAUAGUUAAUGUCAAUAGCAAUGAUUGUAAUAUAAGUACCAAUAAAGCAUCAUCAGAUUCAAUUGCUAUUGGACCUGUAGGUAAUGUAGAAGUCAACGGAGCAGAAUCAGCAUUAAAACAUGGUAUAAAUUCAUCGAAAAACAUAGAUAAAUCUAAAUAUAUUCAAGAUAAACAAGAAAAAGUCAUGUCAAAAUCUGAGCAAAAUCUAGAAGCAACAGUAAAGGAAAAAAUAGAGGAUUUGACACCACCGGAUUAUUGUUAUAUAUGCAAAGUUAAUUUAAUGUCGCCAUUCGAUGCUACAUCUCAUUAUAACUCGAAAAGGCAUAAACGUAAAAUUGUGGUACACAGAGAUGAGAUUAUAAAUAACUUAAAAAGUGAAAAACAGAAAGCAGUGGACGUUAAAAGUUAUUGUUGCCUUAUAUGCGAUAUCCGAUUAAAUUCCAAAAAAUUAUAUAAUUCUCAUCUUCAAAGCAAUGUUCACCAAUUAUAUGCUUCUAUAGAAAAAACUAAUUUUGGUCAUAAACCUAUUAUUAAUAUGAAUAGCAAUGAUUGUAAUAUAACUGAAGGUGAAAAUGAAACUGCUGCUUGUUAUAACGCCAAUGAAAAAGAGCCUGUUAUAGAUGAUUUAGAGGCACAGGAGAUUAAACCUGUUAUAAACAACGAAGAAAUGUUAAAAAUAAAUGAUACCAAUCAAAAAGAGCCUGUUAUAGAUAUUUUAGAGUUAAAUAACCUAAAAAGUGAACAACAAGAUCUAGAAGCGAUAGUAAAGGAAAAAAUAGAGGAUUUGACACUACCCGAUUAUUGUUAUAUAUGCAAAAAUAAUUUAACAUCGCCAAUUCAUUAUAACUCGAAGAGGCAUAAACGUAAUAUUGCAGUGUACAGAGAUGAGCUUUUAAAUAACCUAGAAAGUGAACAAGUUUAUGUAGAUCUAAAAACGAUAGUAAAUGAAAAAAUAGAGAAUUUGACACUACCGGAUUGCUGUUAUAUAUGCAAAGCUAAUUUAAUGUCGCCAGGCAAUGCUACAUCUCAUUAUAAUUCAAAGAAGCAUAAAAGUAAAAUAGCGCUGUACAGAGAUAAGAUUGUAAAUGACCUAAAAAGUCAACAACGGGAAGCAGUCGAAGUUAAAAGCGAAACGGGGAUUCAACCUGGUAUAGACGAUGGAGAAAAGCUGGAAGAAAAUAAUACCAAUCAAAAAGAGCCUGGUAUAGAUAUUUUAGAGUUAAAUAACCUAAAAAGUGAACAACAAGAUCUAGAAGCGAUACUAAAAGAAAAAUUAGAGGAUUUGACACUACCCAAUUAUUGUUAUAUAUGCAAAGCUAAUUUAAUGACACCAGGCAGUGCUACAUCGCAUUAUAACUCGAAGAGGCAUAAACGUAAUAUUGUGGUGUGCAGAGAUGAGAUUGUAAAAAACCUAAAAAGUGAACAACAGGAAGCAGUCGAAGUUAAAAGGAAAGAAGAGUUGAAUCCUGAUAUAAACAAUGGAGAAAUGUUGGAAAAAAAUAAUAUCAAUCAAAAAGAGCCUGUUAUAGAGAUUUUAGACGAAACGGGGAUUCAACCUGGUAUAGACAAUGGAGAAAAGCUGAAAAAAAAUAAUACCAAUCAAAAAGAGCCUGGUAUAGAUAUUUUAGAGUUAAAUAACCUAAAAAGUGAACAACAAGAUUUAAAAGCGACAAAAAAGGAAAAAAGAGAGGAUUUGACACCACCGGAUUAUUGUGAUAUAUGCAAAGUUAAGUUCAUAUCGCCACAACAUACUAAAACUCAUUAUAACUCCAAGAGGCAUAAACAUAAUAUUGAGCUUGAAAAUAACCUAAAUAGUUUACAACAGGAAGCAGUCGAAGAUAAAAGUUAUUGUUGCUUUGUAUGCGGAAUUGAAUUGAAUUCCAAACAGUUAUAUGAUAAUCACGUUCAAAACAGUGGUCACAAAUCAUAUUCUUCUGUAUUACAAAAUAAAAAUAGUCAUGAAACUAUAGUUAAUGUCAAUAGCAAUGAUUGUAAUAUAAGUACCAAUAAAGCAUCAUCAGAUUCAAUUGCUAUUGGACCUGUAGGUAAUGUAGAAGUCAACGGAGCAGAAUUAGCAUUAAAACAUCGUAUAAAUUCAUCGAACAACAUAGAUAAAUCUAAAUAUAUUCAAGAUAAACAAGAAAAAGUAAUGUCAGAAUCUGAGCAAGAUCUAGAAGCAACCGUAAAGGAAAUAAUAGAGGAUUUGACACCACCGUAUUAUUGUUAUAUAUGCAAAGUUAAUUUAAUGUCGCCAUUCGAUGCUACAUCUCAUUAUAACUCGAAAAAGCAUAAACGUAAAAUUGUGGUACACAGAGAUGAGAUUAUAAAUAACUUAAAAAGUGAAAAACAGAAAGCAGUGGACGUUAAAAGUUAUUGUUGCCUUAUAUGCGAUAUCCGAUUAAAUUCCAAAAAAUUAUAUAAUUCUCAUCUUCAAAGCAAUGUUCACCAAUUAUAUGCUUCUAUAGAAAAAACUAAUUUUGGUCAUAAACCUAUUAUUAAUAUGAAUAGCAAUGAUUGUAACAUAACUGAAGGUGAAAAUGAAACUACUGCUUGUUAUAAUGCCAACGAAAAAGAGCCUGUUAUAGAUGAUUUAGAGACACAGGAGAUUAAACCUAUUAUAAACAACGAAGAAAUGUUAAAAAUAAAUGAUACCAAUCAAAAAGAGCCUGUUAUAGAUAUUUUAGAGUUAAAUAACCUAAAAAGUGAACAACAAGAUCUAGAAGCGAUAGUAAAGGAAAAAAAUAGAGGAUUUGACACUACCCGAUUAUUGUUAUAUAUGCAAAAAUAAUUUAACAUCGCCAAUUCAUUAUAACUCGAAGAGGCAUAAACGUAAUAUUGCAGUGUACAGAGAUGAGCUUUUAAAUAACCUAGAAAGUGAACAAGUUUAUGUAGAUCUAAAAACGAUAGUAAAUGAAAAAAUAGAGAAUUUGACACUACCGGAUUGCUGUUAUAUAUGCAAAGCUAAUUUAAUGUCGCCAGGCAAUGCCACAUCUCAUUAUAAUUCAAAGAAGCAUAAAA